AUGCCUAAAAAUACACAAACAGAGUUCAACAUCCUAGAUUCUCAUGGAACUAAGUGUCAUCGAUGGGUGUCCAACAUUCAAAUCACGUUCGUCAGAAAGAAGUUUAUUGCUGCCAUCAAACCUCCAAAAGAAAAAGAGGACCAAGCGUCUAAUGUGAAAGCCCAGGUGCUGAUGUUUCUCAGGCGCCAUAUGGACAAGAUGCUCAACAACAAAUGGAGAUCUGUUUGUCUACUGGAUUUUGCCAAGGUUCAUGAUUACCAUCAGGCAAUCUUAAAUCUCCAAGCAGACUUAAAUGUGUGUGGUAAGGAGAAAACUGGCGAUGACAUGAUCGAGAAGACCCUAGAGACUUUCCCAGAAUCUACAAAUGAAAUAGCUCACCAAUAUCGCCUUGAUUAUGAGGCCAAAAGAAUCAAGAGUUUUACAUAUUUGAUGAACUUUCUCAAAAAGAAGGAACAUUAUCAUAAGAUCAUUCUCAACAACAACAAUCUAAAACUUGCAGGGACGAAAAGAGUUCUAGAAGCUAAUUAG